AAAUGUGGAAUACAUACAUAAUGACAUCGAUUUGCCAAGGUCCAAACACAAGAGCUUAAGAAGUUUUGAACAAGACUCCCAGAGGAGACAGUCAGGUCAGAGAGUAUCUGUUCCCAGUAGCCCAAGUCAGGAGGAAGACAGUGAGCUCUGCCUGUACAGACCAGCCUGGGAACGUAACAGGAAUGAGAGUAAAUCUAGCUCAUCUACCCGCAGUUAUAUAAGUAUCCCUCCUACUUCACCAUCGGAAAACUACAUUGAAGCUGGAUCAGAAGAUUUAUGUAUGCUCUCCGAGCGCAGCACACCCCUGGUUAAGAUGGCAUGGUUAACAAAAAACUUGGAAGGAGAUGCUAAAAAUGAGUUCCGUAACUACCAAGCAAACUCUGGAACACAGACUGACAGUGAUAGCAGCGUCAAGGCUCCUAACCGUAAGACAGUGUUUGGCACUCCCUGGCAGUUUGGGGGCACAUUUACCAGCAGGGGAGGUUUGAUGCAGGCUGCAGAUUCUGAUGUUUGCCUCAUGGUGGUGCCUAAUGCUGUGCCUAAAGGGGAGUAUGUUGACAUUUACGGAGCAGUUUUCACUGAUACCACUCAGAUUAGGAAAAGGAUGAAGAUUUCAACCAAAGAGUGUCUGAUAACACCUGUAGUAGAGUACUGUGCUGUUCCUGCUAGCCCUUUCCGGAGACCAGUCUGCGUACAGUUGCCCCAUGCACUGCCAGAGGAGUUUGAUAUCCAUCUCAUUAAAGUGUACACAUUCACAGUUGAUGAGAGUGGAAAAGUUUCCUUAUCUGAUGUACCAGCAUUUGUUAAAACAAAUGAGGACAGGGGUUUGGAGACCUACUGGGAGAAGGGUCCUGAUGGCCACAGUAUUCACAUCAGCACAUUCCAUUUCAGUGGUUACUUCUGCACACAGUGUGAAACCGCUAGCUGGCCAUCGAUAUGUACCAUGGUUUUUGGCUCCCAUGUGCAGAUAACUCAGUGUCGUAGGGAGGUUAGAGUUAUCCUCUACAUCUGGGACAGACGUCUUACCAUCAAAGACUAUCUUGAGAGAUUCCGCAAGCAGGAGUCUGAUGUUGACCGCCAGCUGCUGACAGACAUGCAAGUGCCUCUGUUGGAUGGUGCCUCCUCUGACAGUCGGCUGGUCAUGUGUAUGGAGGUGAUGGGUGGUGAUGAUGACCGUGAGUGUUGGAGACAUGUUUUGAGACCUGAUGGUUCUAGGCCCCUCUUUAAGCCAUUGCAGAUGCGUAAACUCAGUGAAAUUGUUCACUGCUGCCGCCAGACUGACCCCAUACGUGUUGAAUGGGCAUUGGAGAACGCACCCCAGCAAGUUCCUAAUGCAGUUUUCCAGUGUUGCAUUGACAUCAUGCAUGUGCAUGAGUCCACCAGUGACUAUGAGACAGCCAUGAAGGAAGGCAGUGAUGACCUUAUGAGAACUUUUUACGUCAGGGAUUUGAAGGUCAUGACAAAUUCAGCUGUGCAGAGUGUAGAAUUUCAGCGUGUGGAUUUGAAACGUACUCUUUCCGAAACUAUGGACAUAAUGCAGACGGAACGGAUGUGCCAGGAGUUUGGAAUCAGUAUUAAAGAUAUUGGCAACUUCAGGAAGAAGUUUUCAACAUCAGAAGCAUUUCAGUUGGGUCUUGUGGAGGAGUGCUUGAGAAGGCAUGGCUCAGACAAAUUUUUGAAUCUCUUGCCCAAGAUCCUAGAAAGACUGCAUUAUACAGAGGUUAUGGCUGCGCUGGAUGACAAGAAAAUUCUAGUCAGACAUUUGACAGACUUCACUGGCGUGUCUGCUGAAGCAGCUGCGGCAGAGGAAGACGCUGUUGCUGAGUCAGUCAGCAGUGUUGGAGGAGGACUAGAUAGCACAAGGUGUAAAUCUCCCCAUAGGAGAAGGUCUCCCUCACCAGCGGAGAGAAACAGAUCUAAUUCACCACUCUACAGAAGGAGGAGGAGUAAAGAGAGUCAUAAACCAGGCUCUGGGUAUACAGGUUCUGAAAGAAGCGAGGAUGUAUAUGUGAACAAUAAAUCGCAGCAAAAAAGCUCUACAAAAGAGGAGCAAUAUGGUAAAAGUAAAGGCUGGGAGGAGAGACAAUCAAAACAACCAAGCAGACAUAGGCAGCAUUCUCCACCUGCUGACUACGAUCAAGAUGAAAAAGCAUAUAAUCAAAAUCUGAAAUACGACGUGAAGAAAUAUGAUGAAAGGAGUAUUCAAGAGAGACAGCAACUGAAAAAGCAGAUCUCUUCAAGCAGCACAGGUGAUUCUGUCCUUGGAAGUAGGUCACAGCCAUCAGGCUAUAAUACUGCUAAUUUCUCUUCAAAAUCUUCAUUGGGAACUAGCAUGUAUGCUCAUGCUGAUCCCCAAGAUUUUUCAGAGGCACUUCCAGAUGAACUACUAGACGAUUCUAUGAGACAGACUUACAAGAAAGAACUGUUAGUAAAUGAAAACUUACAUGGACAUUUAUCAAAUGUAUAUGCACCUUACUACAAUGGUUGUGAAAACCACUUGCCUUCCAAUGGUCCUUAUGCCAUACCUCCUGAAUCAGGGCAAGCAGAUCUGUCUUCUCUGUCAGAUCCUGUACCACCGUAUCGUCAGUGGGUAGGCAGUCAGAGAUUGAGUGACAAGUCUCAGUUGCCAGAUGAAGAUCAGACGUCAAAGAAGGAGCUGUAUGGAAUAUCUACUGUAGUUUGA